CCGCCGGUCCACCACCGGCAACCUCUCCAUCGGCGUUCACCCCUCCCUCUUCUUCUUCUUCUUCUCUCUCCCAUUUCACUCCGACUUUCUCGUUGCUUCAAACCCUGUUUUGGGUAGGGUUUUUUUCUCUGUGAAAUCCAGGUCCGCCAGCAUUGCUGCCCCUGCAAUUUCUUCUUAUUCUUUUCAUUGCUUGAAACCCUGUUCUGGGUAGGGUUUUUUCGCUGUCAAAUCCAGGUCCGCCACCAUUGCCGCCCUUGCAAAUUCUUCUUCUUCACCGGGGUAGAAGUAACUAUGGUUGGGGGCGUGAUUAAGCUUUCACCGAUUCUGCGUUAUGGGUUCUUUUCGGCGCUCAACUCCCUAUAUAGAGGUUUGAGUGCCUUGUAACAGCCGAACAUCCUACUCCCAAACUGCCAUACCAGGCUGAAUCGAGCUCUGAAGGUGCUGCAUCUCUCAAGAACGACCUCCAUCAAGUAUCUAUAAAGGCAACAUUGAGAAAGGUAAGAAAAGGAAAUACUCACAAUCUCCAGAACACCAUUAGCCUGGGAUUCAAGCUCAACCUGAACUAGAGUCUACCAUGAGGAAAGAUGAGGGAUUGUUUUAUCUUUCAGAUAAGCCAUACUUCCAUUGCAUUCUUUCAAAGUCACAAGUCAAGCCUAAAUAUCAAAUGGCACUUCCUUCCAAAGUACGCUCUAUACUUCCAUCAAAUGUUGUUCCUGUGGUUCUUACCUACCAGAACAAGAACUGGAAUAUGCUCUAUUAUGGGGAUCGUGCCCUUAAACGAUUUGAUCCCAGCUGGAGAAAUUUUGCAAUGGACAACAACCUGAGAACUGGAGAUGGCAUAAUCUUUGAACUUGUAGAGUGCAGUGCUAAGAUUGUCAAGUUCAGAGUGCAAAUUCUCAGUGGUGACAUUCCAUCUGAUUUCCUAAAAAGGAUUGAUGGUGAGAGUUUAGAGGCACCUAUUUUAAUUGAGUAAGAUGAGGAUUUGUUGAUUUAAUGCAAGGAUAUUUUCUUCAUAGCUAUUGUGUAAUGUUUCCUGAGCUUCAUGUUCAAUUCCAUGUAUGUUUUUCUUUUCAACAUCAUAGAAAGAUAAUGUUUUAAUAUAUGCAGAUUGAGGUUCUCGCUAUAAAUGUGCCUAGUAGAAACAUGUACUUGCUGUCUUUUUCAUUUUUACUUUUUAACUCUUUAAAAUCAAUUUCUGCAUCUUGCAGUAAUUUGUUUCUUG